UCUUUACGCUGAAACUUUGUGCCCGGAAAUGGUUUUCACAAAGUGCAACGUAAGAAUGUGCAAUUUCCAUGCAUAGGCUACUCGGAGCAGUCAUACGUGCAUCGAGAGGUAUCGCCGAAUAAUAGAAGAUGUAGAAUUAUACGAACAUACCUGAAAUGAAGAUGCUCGAAAUAACAUGUAACGAUCGUCUUGGGAAAAAAGUACGAGUCAAGUGUAAUCCGGACGAUACGAUAGGGGAUUUGAAAAAAUUGAUAGCAGCCCAGACCGGGACGCAUUGGGAAAAGAUUGUCCUGAAAAAGUGGUAUACUAUCUUUAAGGAUCACAUAAAACUGCAAGACUAUGAAAUUCACGAUGGGAUGAAUUUAGAACUUUAUUACCAAUAAUUGCUGAUAAGCGAUCUUAGAUCAGUUACAAUCCUAAACAUACUUAAACACUACGACAACGAUAACAGCAGUAAGUGUUUCUUGAUUUUCUAUUUUGUAUGAUGUUUAAAUACACGAUGUACAUAACAGGCGUUCAAUAAACAAUUGUAAAUGGCAA